CGAACGUUCGAUUUUAUUUAAUUUUUUCCUAUUACGAAUUCCCGGUCGCUCCGAGAAUAGUGUCAUCGAGAAUAAUAAAAAUUAAAAGACUCCACGAGCGUAUCGAUUCGUAGUCUCAUGAGUUGUCCCGUGAGCGACCAUAUGACCACGUGUGACGAAUCGACCUGUAGCAGGCAUUGUCGUAGGACGUGCCGCUAAUGUCCACGAGAAUACCGCGUGUUUUUUCCCGAGAACUUGAGCUAGAAUUUAGAAUCAGUGGUUCAAUUAAUGGAAUGCGUGAUAACGCGAUGCGAAUGAAUUGAAUUUUCUUGCUGAGAUUCGAAUUUAGUUCGCUGCCGCGAACUCCAAAUAGUUUUUAUCUCGCUACUGAUUAAAUAUUUAUCGUUGCUCCAAACAAUGAACAAAGCGUUUGAUCCGCUGCCGACAAAGUUUCUCAGUACGGUAUAAAUGCCGCUUGUAACCUCGCUUGAAACUCAGAAAUCUUUAGAUGAGCUCGAAUUAAUGCAAUUACGCUGUGCGUAAUUAGACAAUAUGAAGUUUGCGGAGCAUCUCUCAGCCCACAUUACGCCCGAGUGGCGUAAGCAAUAUAUUAGUUAUGAGGAAAUGAAAGCGAUGCUUUACACGGCGGUGGAGGAAGCGCCUUCUGAUGAAAGUGUAGAACCAGAAGUGAUAUCUCGACAUUUUGCGUCUUUUGAUGAGGUGUUUUUUACAUUCUGUGAUCGUGAAUUAAAGAAGAUUAAUACAUUUUAUUCAGAAAAAUUGGCAGAGGCUACACGCAAAUAUGCUGCUUUACAAAGUGAAUUGAAAACUGCAGUGGAGCUGCAACAGGGAAGUGGGAAGAACAAAGGAAAAGUUACCGCAAAGCCACUUCUGCCUACCAGAAAACUUAGGGACUUAAAACUUGCAUUUUCAGAAUUUUAUCUUUCGUUAAUCCUUCUUCAAAAUUAUCAGACUCUUAAUCACACUGGAUUCCGCAAGAUUCUCAAAAAACAUGACAAGUUAUUGUCAGUUGACGCCGGUACAAAAUGGAGAGUCGAGUGCGUGGAAACGUCACAUUUCUACACGUCCAAAGAUAUAGACAAAUUGAUCCAGGAAACAGAAGCUACAGUGACGAACGAUCUCGAAGGUGGCGAUCGACAACGCGCUAUGAAACGUCUUCGGGUACCACCGCUUGGCGAAUCCCAAAGUCCAUGGACUACUUUCAAAGUUGGCUUAUUCUCCGGUAGUUUUAUUGUCCUAUCUGUUGCAGUUGUUCUCUCAGCCGUUUUCCACGAUAGCGGAGAGAAUCUAAAGAUCGCAUUUAGACUAUACCGAGGUCCUUUUCUUAUUAUCGAGUUCUUAUUCCUUAUCGGAAUUAACGUUUAUGGAUGGAGAUCUUCCGGCGUCAAUCACGUUUUAAUAUUUGAACUUGACCCACGAAAUCAUCUUUCGGAGCAACAUCUUAUGGAAUUGGCCGCAGUCCUCGGAGUAGUCUGGACGCUUAGCUUACUAAGUUUCUUAUACAGUGCCAGUCUAAGCAUUCCGCCAUACGUGAAUCCAUUAGUACUUGUCUGUAUCAUGUUGAUUUUUCUAUUAAAUCCAGUUAAAAUGUUUCGCCACGAAGCUCGUUUCUGGCUGCUAAAGAUCAUAGGACGCGUUUUAAUAUCACCAUUCGCGUAUGUUAAUUUUGCUGAUUUCUGGUUGGCAGACCAGUUCAAUAGUUUGGCGACUGCAUUCUUGGAUUUUCAUUUUUUGAUAUGCUUCUACAUUACAAAUGGCGAUUGGUUGAAGGCGAGCGAUACUACGCAAUGCAUGUCCGGCUCUCUCAUCAUUAGACCUAUUGUAAAUUGCUUACCGGCAUGGUUUCGCUUCGCGCAGUGCGUUCGCAGGUAUCGAGAUUCUAAAGAGGCGUUUCCACAUUUAAUGAAUGCUGGAAAGUAUUCCACGACGUUUCUCGUUGUUGCAGCCAACACUUUAUACGCUUAUCACGGAGCGGAAUAUAAUAAUAAAUGGGAGAAUCCAUGGUUGUGGCUAUGGGUGUGUAGCUGCCUUAUUAAUUCGAUAUAUUCAUAUACAUGGGAUCUCAAGAUGGAUUGGGGCCUUUUAGAUAAUAAUGCUGGUGAAAAUCGUUUUCUACGAGAGGAAGUAGUUUACUCGACAGCCUGGUUUUAUUAUUUCGCAAUAAUAGAAGAUUUUAUACUACGAUUUAUAUGGAUUGCGAGUUUUAUUCUCAUUGAGUGCGGAUAUAUUUCUGGAGACUUAAUGACUUCUAUAAUAGCACCUCUCGAGGUUUUUAGGCGAUUUGUGUGGAACUUUUUCCGUUUAGAGAACGAACAUUUGAAUAACUGCGGUAGAUUCCGCGCCGUACGUGAUAUCUCGAUAGCACCUAUAGAAAGCUCUGACCAAACACAAAUUUUACGUAUGAUGGAUGAUGAGAAUGGUGUACUUAAUAGAGGCAAACGUAAAAGCGGCGGUAAAAAGCAGAACAACGCAAAAGAAGAAAAACGAGCACUGCUUAAGGAAGAAACUGUAGAUAUAUCAAAUGCCAAUUGAAUAUAUAGUUCAAGAUUUUUGUACAAUAUUAUCUUUAAUUUUCUCCAGUAUGGAUGGAAAGCCUCCAAAGUCUGGUAGUUAGAGAAAAUAAUUCGCAAGAUUAAAAUACAUCUUGAAAAUUAACUUGGUUAUAAUUUUAAAACAUAUAAAAAGAAGAGCACAAAAAACCAC